CCUCAGAGCCCCACCCCUGCCCAAGUCGGAGUGGGCGCUCCCCGUGGAAAACGAGCGGGGGCUGACGCGGGCGGCCACCACCCCAAGACCAAGGGAGUCCGCAAGGCCGGAGCGUCGCUGCCCCAACCCUGCCCCUGCGGCGCCAGAGCUCCACCCCCUGACAGGCAGCAGCCAAUGAACGGUUCUUGCCGCCGGCCUUUAAGAACGGCGCACACUCUGCCUGCAGCGGACGCUGCCGGCCUAGCACUCCAAAGGAGUUUCCAUGGAGACCGAGGCUGGGCCCGGGCGGCCUAGCGGCGUUGCCAUGGAGACAAGUCCCGGGCUGGGGCUCCGAAGCCCCGGCGCUCCGCUAGCUCAGAACCCCGCGGAGCCGCUGUGCGAGGCCGGAGCCGCAGUGGCGGCAGCACGCUGGGACCUGCGGAAACACUCUUUGCUCAUCGUGAUCGGCGAUAUUGGUACAGAGAGUCAGCUGAGGGCCGUGCGGGCCCACCUUGAACAAGGGAUUCUCUCCUGGAACAUUGACUUAUCAUCCUUUGACUUGAACCAACAAUUGAGACUCUUCAUUACCCGGCACCUAGCUCACUUCUCCUCCGAGGUCAAAGGCCAGAGGACCCUCUGCCACCAGAGUGAGAUCCUUGAGACUGUCAUCCUGGUAAACCCCAGUGCCGACAGCAUCAGCUCUGAGGUUCACCAUCUCCUUAGCAGUCAAUCAGCUCACAAACUACUGAUCUUGAGUGGGCAAAGUUUAGAGCCCGGGGGAGACCUUAUCCUACAGAGUGGCACCUAUUCUUAUCAGAACUUUGCCCAGGUCCUUCACAAUCCAGAGAUUGCCCAAUUGCUCAGCAAUAGAGACCCUGGAAUCCAGGCCUUCCUCACCGUUUCCUGCUUAGGGGAGGGAGACUGGAGCCACCUGGGACUAUCCAGUUCCCAAGAGACCCUGCACCUCCGACUAAACCCUGAGCCCACACUGCCCACCAUGGAUGGUGUGGCUGAAUUCUCCGAGUACGUCUCUGAGACUGUGGAUGUGCCAUCUCCCUUUGACCUGCUAGAGCCCCCCACCUCAGGGGGCUUCCUGAAACUCUCUAAGCCUUGCUGCUAUAUCUUCCCGGGUGGCCGUGGAGACUCUGCCCUCUUUGCCGUUAAUGGUUUCAACAUCUUGGUGGAUGGUGGCUCUGAUCGCAAGUCCUGCUUCUGGAAGCUGGUGCGGCACCUGGACCGCAUUGACUCAGUGCUGCUCACACACAUUGGGGCAGAUAACCUGCCAGGCAUCAAUGGACUCCUGCAGCGCAAAGUGGCAGAACUGGAAGAGGAGCAGUCCCAGGGCUCCAGCAGCUACAGUGACUGGGUGAAGAACCUCAUCUCCCCUGAGCUUGGAGUUGUCUUCUUCAAUGUGCCUGAUAAGCUGCGGCUGCCUGAUGCCUCCCGGAAAGCCAAGCGCAGCAUUGAGGAGGCCUGCCUCACUCUGCAACACCUAAACCGCCUGGGCAUCCAGGCCGAACCUCUGUACCGUGUGGUCAGCAACACCAUUGAGCCACUGACCCUCUUCCACAAGAUGGGUGUAGGACGGCUGGACAUGUAUGUCCUCAACCCUGUCAAGGACAGCAAAGAGAUGCAGUUCCUCAUGCAAAAGUGGGCAGGCAAUAGUAAAGCUAAGACAGGCAUUGUGUUGGCUAAUGGGAAGGAGGCUGAGAUCUCAGUGCCCUACCUGACUUCUAUCACGGCUCUGGUUGUCUGGCUACCAGCCAAUCCCACUGAGAAGAUUGUACGUGUGCUUUUUCCAGGGAACGCACCCCAGAACAAGAUCCUGGAGGGCCUGGAAAAGCUUCGGCACCUGGACUUCCUGCGGUACCCUGUGGCUACACAGAAAGACUUGGCCUCUGGGGCUGUGCCUGCCAACCUCAAACCCAGCAAAAUCAAACAGCGGGCUGACAGCAAGGAGAGCCUCAAGGCCACUGCCAAGACAGCUGUAAGCAAGCUGGCCAAACGGGAGGAGGUGGCUGAAGAGGGAGCCAAGGAGGCCCGCUCAGAACUAGCCAAGGAGUUAGCCAAGACAGAGAAAAAAGUAAAAGAGUCAUCUGAGAAGCCCCCAGAGAAGCCUACCAAGCCUGAAAGGGUGAGGACAGAGUCAAGUGAGGCACUGAAGGCAGAGAAGCGAAAGCUGAUAAAAGACAAGGUAGGGAAGAAGCACCUAAAAGAAAAGAUCUCAAAGCUGGAAGAGAAAAAAGACAAAGAGAAAAAAGAGAUCAAGAAGGAGAGGAAGGAGCUCAAGAAGGAUGAAGGAAGGAAGGAGGAGAAGAAGGAUGCCAAGAAAGAGGAGAAGAGGAAAGAUACCAAACCUGAGGUCAAGAAAAUUUCCAAGCCAGACCUGAAGCCCUUUACCCCUGAGGUACGUAAGACCCUCUACAAAGCCAAGGCCCCUAGCAGGGCCAAAGUGGACAAGAGUCGGGCUGCCCGUGGGGAGAAGGAGCUGUCCUCUGAGCCCCGGACACCCCCAGCCCAGAAGGGGGCUGUACCACCUCCAACAGUCAGUGGGCACAGGGAGCUGGCUCUAUCUUCACCAGAGGAUCUCACACAGGACUUUGAGGAGAUGAAGCGUGAGGAGAGAGGGUUGCUGGCUGAACAAAGGGACCUAGGACUAGGAGAGAAACCACUCCCUCCAGACACUGCAGAGGAGGGACCCCCAAGCACAACCGGCCAGGAGAUACCACCCUCUGUUCCACGGCUGGAACAAGAAGAGCCUAUGAUGAAGGAGAAAGAGAUUGUCCCAGACAUCCCUGAAGAACAAGGUAGCAAGGAUAGAGGCCCAGACUCUGGGGCUGAAACAGAGGAAGAGAAAGAUACCUGGGAGGAAAAGAAGCAGAAGGAAGCAGAGAGGCUCCCUGAUAAAAUAGAAGCCAGAGAGGAAAGUGAACCUGAGGUAAAGGAGGAUGUGAUAGAGAAGGCUGAGUUAGAAGAAAUGGAGGAGGUGCACCCUUCAGAUGAGGAGGAAGAGGAAGAGACAAAGGCUGAAGGUUUUUACCAAAAGCAUAUGCAGGAAGCCUUGAAGGCAACUCCAAGGAUCAGGGAGGCCCUCGGGGGCCGGGAAGUAGGACUCCAGGGCAAAGCUCCUGAGAAGGAAACCUCAUCAUUCCUAAGCAGCCUGGCCACACCUGCAGGAGCCACUGAGCAUGUCUCUUACAUCCAGGAUGAGACAAUUCCUGGCUACUCAGAGACAGAGCAAACCAUCUCAGAUGAGGAGAUUCAUGAUGAGCCGGAGGAACGUCCAGCUCCACCUAGAUUUCCUACAAGUACCUAUGACCUCCCUGAGCCUGAGGGUCCUGGCCCCUUUGAGGCUAGCCAGCCUACAGACAGUGUUGUUCCUGUCACCUCCAGCAAAGGCUAUGGAGCAGCAGAGACUGAACUCACCUACCCCCCCAACAUGGUGGCCGCCCCUCUGGCUGAAGAGGAACAUGUGUCCUCGGCCACUUCAAUCACUGAAUGCGACAAGCUUUCUUCCUUUGCCACAUCCGUGGCUGAGGACCAAUCUGUGGCUUCACUCACAGCUCCCCAGACAGAAGAGACAGGCAAGAGCUCCCUGCUGCUCGACACAGUUACAAGCAUCCCCUCAUCCCGCACUGAAGCCACUCAGGGCUUGGACUAUGUGCCAUCAGCUGGUACCAUCUCACCUACCUCUUCACUGGAAGAAGACAAGGGCUUCAAAUCACCACCCUGUGAGGAUUUCUCUGUGACUGGUGAGUCAGAGAAGAAAGGAGAGAUUGUAGGGAGAGGCUUGCCUGGAGAGAGAGCCGUGGAAGAGGAAGAGGAGGAGACCACAAAUGUAGAGAUAUCUGAGAAACUUCCCAGUCAGUUUGGAACCCCGGUGUUUGGUGUCCCUGGGCAUACCCUACAUCAAGGGGAACCAGUCCUUGGAGAAGUGGAGGAGCGCUGCCUUAGCCCAGAUGACAGCACAGUGAAGAUGGCCUCUCCUCCACCAUCUGGCCCACCCAGUGCCACCCACACACCCUUUCAUCAGUCCCCAGUGGAAGAAAAGUCUGAGCCCCAAGACUUUCAGGAAGCAGGCUCCUGGGGAGGAACUAGGAGUACACCAGGUAUGGGCAAGGAAGAUGCUGCAGAGGAGAUAGUUAAGACAGGGCCUGAAGAGGUCACAUUUGAGGAGGGAAAGGUGCCUCCUCCCAGGAGCCCCCAUGCCCAGGAAGCACCUGUCAGCAUCGUUGGAGAACAUACAGGCUGCACUAUCCAGCUGUUGCCAGAACAGGACAAAGCAAUAGUCUUUGAGACUGUGGAGGCAGGAGAGCCCACAGGCCCAAUUCUGGGAACAGAAGCUCUUUCCAGAGAUUUGAGAACGUCACUCCAAGAAUCUAGUGAAACUCAGAAAGAUGGGGUGCUCCAGUUUCCUGACCAAAGCCUCUCCCCUGAAGAUGCAGAGUCCGUAUCUGUACUCAGUGUGGUCUCACCAGACACAGCCAACCAAGAAGCCAUCCCCAGGUCUCCCUGUGGCCUGACAGAGCAGCACCUACACAAAGACCUUUGGCCAGAGGUAUCUCCAGAAGACACCCAGUCACUUUCUCUCUCGGAAGAGAGUCCCAGCAAGGAGACCUCUCUGGAUAUCUCUUCUAAGCAGCUCUCUCCAGAAAGCCUUGGCACCCUCCAGUUUGGGGAACUAAGUCUUGGAAAGGAAGAAAAGGGGCCUCUGAUACAGGCUGAGGACACCUCUCAGCACCUGGUACGUACAUCUAUUCCAGAACCCUGUGCAGCCACACUGUCACCUCCCACAGAAGGGACCACUGGUUACUCUGUACUGGCAGACAUCACAGAUAAGAGCCCUGAUGGAAAGUUACCUACCAGCUCCUUCUCUCACUCUACAUUGUUGGGAGAUGAGAAGCACUCACCUGGUGUGAUCACAAGCCCUGGUGAACACAUUCUGACACCUGACAGCUCCCUCACCAAGAGUCCUGAGUCUUUGCCAAGCCCUGCCAUGGAGAGCAUUGCCAUGGAGUGGGAAGGUAAAGUUCCAGAGUUGAAAGACAGAACCCCAGAGCAGAGGGACAAGGGACCUGAACCAAAAGAUGAAGUCUUACAGCAGGACAAAAUUCUGGAGCAGAAGGAUGACAUUGUAGAGCAAAAGGAUACAGCCAUUGGCCAGAAAGAUAAGGCUCUGGAAGAGAAGACUAAGGCUGUAGAGCAGCAGGAUAAAGCUUUAGAACAAAAAGGCAGAGACUUAGAACAAAGGGACAUAGCCCUGGAACAAAGGGACAAGGCCCUGGAAUCAAAAGACAAAGACUUAGAACAAAAAGACAAGGUUCUGGAACAGGAGGACAAGAUCCCAGAAGAAAAAGGUGAAACCUUAGAACAAAAAGUCAGAGACGCUGAGCAUAAAGACAGGACUCCAGAGGACAAGGUCCCUGAACUGAAGGGCAAGGCCUUAGGACAGACAGACGAAGUCCCUGAGCAGGAGGACAAGGCCCAUGGACAGAAGGAUAAAGCCUUAGAACAAAAAGACAUAGACUCAGAACAAAAAGGCAAGGCCCAAGAACGGAAGGAGGAGGCCUUGGAAAAGAAGGAUGAGGCCUUAGAACAAAAAUACUGGGCCUUAGGACAGAAGGAUGAAGCCCUGGAACAAAACAAUAAGGCCACUGAACAGAAAGAUAAGGCUCUGGAAGAGAAGGACAAAACUCAGGAGCAGGAGAGCCCAGUGCAGGAGGAUAAAACCAUGAAACCAAAGGAGAAGAUCCUAGAGGAAAAAUCUCCAGAAAAAGUUAAGGCUGUGCAACAGGAAGAAGAAGCUCUGCCGGAGAAGACCAAAGUUCUGGGGCUGGAAGAGAGCCCAGUGCAUGAGGACAAGGCCCCGGAUCAGGGAGAGAAGUACUGGAAGGAGCAGGAUGUGGUACAGGAGUGGCAAGAAACAUCUCCAUCCAGAGAUGAGCCAGUUGGAGAACAGAAAGAGCCUGCCCGGACAUGGGAGGACACAUCUCCUGAGCAGGAGGACAGGUACUGGAGGGGCAGAGAGGAUGUGGCCCUGGAACAGGACACAUACUGGAGGGAGCUGAGCUGUGAGCGUAAGGUCUGGUUCCCUCAUGAGCUGGAUGGCCAGGGGGCCCGGCCACGGUACACAGAAGAGCGGGAGAGCACUUUCCUUGAUGAGGGGCCAGAUGAUGAACAAGAAGUGCCCCCACUGGAGCACACGCCUCAGAGCCCCUGGGCCUCAGACUUCAAGGGUUUUCAGGAGCCCUCACCACAGAAGGGACUGGAGGUGGAGCGCUGGCUUGCUGAGUCACCAGUUGGGCUGCCUCCAGAGGAAGAAGACAAGCUGACCCGUUCCCCUUUUGAAAUCAUCUCUCCUCCAGCCUCCCCACCUGAGGUGGUUGGACAGAGGGUUCCUCCAGCUCCUGGACAAGAAAGCCCUAUCCCAGAGCCUGAGCCCAUGCUACCCAUGAGGAACGAACCCACCACCCCCUCAUGGCUGGCUGACAUCCCACCAUGGGUGCCCAAGGACAGACCCCUGCCCCCUGCACCCCUCUCCCCAGCUCCAGCUCCCCCCACGCCUGCCCCAGAACCACACACUCCUGCACCCUUCUCCUGGGGCACCACUGAGUAUGACAGUGUGGUGGCUGCAGCACAGGAGGCAGCAGCUGAGUUGGAAGGUGGGCCAUACUCUCCCUUGGGGAAGGACUAUCGCAAGGCUGAAGGGGAGACAGAAGAAGAAGGUGGGGCUGGGGCUCCUGGCAGCAGCCCUCAAAGCUCAAAGGUUCCAGAGGCCAGUGAAAGCCAUCCCACCAAGGAGCCCGAACAGAUAGAACCUGAGCAGAGAGAGCCCACACCCUAUCCUGAUGAGAGAAGUUUCCAGUACGCAGACAUCUAUGAGCAGAUGAUGCUUACUGGGCUUGGCCCUGCAUGCCCCACUAGAGAGCCUCCGCUUGGGGCAGCUGGGGACUGGCCCCCACGCAUCUCAGCCAAGGAGGAGGCUGCUGGCCGAAACCCAUCUGCAGAGAAGGAGCUUUCAUCUCCUGUCUCACCCAAGAGCCUCCAAUCUGACACUCCAACCUUUAGCUAUGCAGCCCUGGCGGGACCCACUUUACCCCCUAGGCAAGAGCCUGAGCCGGGUCCGAGUAUGGAGCCCAGCCUCACGCCACCUGCAGUGCCCCCCCGUGUUCCUAUCCCCCUGAGCAAAGGCCCAAGCCCCUCUCUUAAUGGUAAUAUCCUGAGCUGUAGCCCAGAUAGGAGAACCCCAUCACCCAAGGAAUCAGGCCAGGGUCACUGGGAUGACAGCACUAGUGACUCAGAGCUGGAGAAGGGAGCACGGGAACAGCCAGAGAAAGAGGCCGAGUCCCCGAGUCCCCCUCACCCCAUCCCUGCAGGGCCCCCUACAUUGUGGCCUGAAAGUGAGGCACAUACCAGCCCUCCCUCGGACUCACACCUGGGCCCUGCCCGACCCAGCCUGGACUUCCCUGCUUCAGCCUUUGGCUUCUCCUCAUUGCAGCCAGCUCCCCCACAGCUGCCCUCUCCUGCUGAACCCCGCUCAGCACCCUGUGGCUCCCUUGCCUUCUCUGGGGACCGAGCUCUGGCUCUGGCUCCGGGUCCCCCCACUAGAGCCCGGCAUGAUGAGUACCUCGAAGUGACCAAGGCCCCCAGCCUGGACUCCUCACUGCCCCAGCUCCCAUCACCCAGCUCUCCUGGGGCUCCUCUCCUCUCCAGUCUGCCAAGACCUGCUUCACCAGCCCUGUCUGAAGGCUCCUCCUCUGAGGCCACCACACCUGUGAUUUCAAGUGUGGCUGAGCGCUUUCCUCCUGGCCUGGAGGCUGCAGAACGGGGGUCUGGAGAGCUGGUCUCAGGAAUGGAACCAGCUGCCCAAAGUCUCUGGGACCUCACUCCUCUGAGCCCAGCACCCCCAGCUUCACUGGACUUGGUCCCAGCUCCAGCUCCAAGCUUACCUGGAGACAUGGAUGACAGCACUCUGCCCUGCCGCCUGGAAUGCACAGGAGCUGCCACCAAGAAGCCAAGCCCAUUCCAGAGUCCCUCUGGGGAUUGUGCCACCAAUGGCCCAACUGAAACCAGCCCCAACCCCCCAGGCCCUGCCCUGGCCAAGGCUGAGAAAGAAGCAGCUGAGACUUGCCCUGCCUGGGAACGUGGGGCCUGGCCUGAGGGGGCCGAGAGGAGUUCCCGACCUGACACACUUCUUUCCCCUGAGCAGCCACUGUGCCCUGGAGGGGCUUCUGGAGGCCAACCCAGAAGUGUCUCCCCUGAGGUUGAGGCUGGGCCCCAGGGAUGUGCUGCUGAGCUCCGGCCGCACCGAGGGGAACUCUCCCCAUCUUUUCUGAACCCACCUCUGCCCCAAUCCACAGAUGAAGGUGACCUCUCAACUGAAGAUGCUCGGCUAGUAGGGAGGGGAGGGCGGCGCCGGGCAGGGGGCCCAGGGGCCACAGGGGGCCCGUGCCCUGUGGCUGAUGAGACACCCCCAACAUCAGCCAGUGACUCAGGCUCCUCACAAUCAGAUUCUGAUGUCCCACCAGAAACUGAGGAGUGUCCAUCCAUCACAGCUGAGGCAGCUCUUGACUCAGAUGAAGAUGGGGACUUCCUGCCUGUGGACAAAGCUGGAGGGGUCAGUGGGACUCACCAUCCCAGGCCUGGCCAUGACCCACCCCCUAUCCCUCAGCCAGACCCCCGCCCAUCCCCUCCUCGCCCUGAUGUGUGCAUGGCUGACCCUGAGGGGCUCAGCUCAGAAUCUGGAAGGGUAGAAAAACUACGUGAGAAGGAGAAAGCACAGGGGAGAGUAGGGCGCAGGGCCCCAGGCAGGGGCAAGCCAGCAUCUCCUGCCCGGCGUCUGGAUCUUCGGGGAAAACGCUCACCCACCCCUGGUAAAGGGCCUGCAGAUCGAGCAUCCCGGGUCCCACCCCGACCACGCAGCACUCCAAGCCAAGUCACCCCAGCAGAGGAAAAGGAUGGACACAGCCCCAUGUCCAAAGGCCUAGUCAAUGGACUCAAGGCAGGAUCAUCGGCCUUGGGUUCCAAGGGCAGCUCUGGCUCCCCUGUAUACGUGGAUCUCGCCUAUAUCCCGAAUCAUUGCAGUGGCAAGACUGCUGACCUUGACUUCUUCCGUCGAGUGCGUGCAUCCUACUAUGUGGUCAGUGGGAAUGACCCUGUCAAUGGCGAGCCGAGCCGGGCUGUGCUGGAUGCCCUGCUGGAGGGCAAGGCCCAAUGGGGGGAGAAUCUUCAGGUGACUCUAAUCCCUACCCAUGACACGGAGGUGACUCGUGAAUGGUACCAGCAGACUCAUGAGCAGCAGCAACAACUGAAUGUUCUGGUCCUGGCUAGCAGCAGCACCGUGGUCAUGCAAGAUGAGUCCUUUCCAGCCUGCAAGAUUGAGUUCUGAAAGAACCACACUCCUUUCCCCAGGAAUCUGCUUCCCCAGCUCCCUUAGAGAAUGGCUAUUGCUGAGUCCGUUGGGGUUGAGGGACACGGGAGCUGGGGUGGGGGAGACGGGGCGAGAUGUCUUGUUGUGGGAAUUUGGGCUGGGCUAAAUGGGAGAGGUUGUCCCUCCCCCUCAUCCAUACCCAACGGGAUUUUCAAAACCAAAGGCAACAGGGAUUGGAUAGAGGGAGGGCACGAAAUUAGGAUGGGAGGUCAUCUGAUGCCUAAGAACUCUGGAGUGACACCCUCUCCUAACACUACCAAAUGUUCGUAUUGGGUGGGAAGGAAGGAUGGGUCUCAGCAACCUCCUCCCUCAUGGAGGGAGAUCAUAUAUCCCCAAGCCCAGGGACCUCUUUAUCUCUAUUUAGCAACCCAAGGAAGAAUUUCCAGUAAUAAUUUAUGUGACCUGGGGCAGGAUUCUGUCAGUAAGGUACCCAGAGCUGCGCCCCUUCCUCCAUCUCCCAUUCCCUUACCCACCGGGGUCUGGGUUCCAGCAGGGGUCUAGGGGUAAACCACUGCUAUACUGUCCCACUGCCCCCCACCAUAUCUGAAUGUCUCAAUACAAAACUUGAAGCUCUUUUGACCAACAGACUGGUGAGAGAAGAAAGUUGCUUAUCCUCCCAGCCCCUGCUUCAUACCAUUCACAUCCCAGAGCUGUGCCCAGACCAGGCCUAUUGGGCAGCACAAGAGGGGCAAGGAGAGCCCAGCCCCAAUCCCAGAAUUCUUCCAAGCUCCCUGACCUUUUGACGUUUUCACCUACCCGUUCCAAUUAUCCUCAUCCCUUUUCAUCCCCUGCUUGGCUUCUCUGCAUGUGGUCAUCUGCUGUGGCCUGGUGUGUAAUGGGUUAAAAAUAAGCCACUGCCUGACAUCCCAACAUUUGACACCCCAGCAAUGUGUGACUCCCCCCAACAUUCCACUAUGCCAUCCUGCAGCUGAAAUGGGAACACUGGCUGCCUUUCCAGCCCUAAACUCUUGGACAGAGGAUCUGGGAGGUAGAGGCUAUGCCAGAGAACUUGGGGAAAAUGAGAGGAAGGGAAGAGGGAGACAAAGCUGAGCUAAAGCUGAACUCCUACUGAGUAAGAUGAAAACAGGCUGAAGAAACCACCCCAGGAGAGGACCUCUCCCCAAGCAAGCCAAUGAGCAGCCCUGCCAGACUAUCGCCGGACUGAGAAAUCCAGACACUCGUCAGGGCUCGGCUUCUCUGCCAAAUGACUGUGUGGAAAAUAAUAUGAGCCGGCCUGUGUUCUUCCUAGCUCCCACCCUCCCUUUGCUGCUGUGCUCUGCUCCUCCCCACACUUCCCUGCUAUAGUUCCCAGCUGCUGUAAUGGAGCCGCCUCCAACUCUAACAAUAAAAUCAAGUUCAUUACA